AUGGAUUCUGGAAGUCCCUCUCUAGCAGUUAAACGCAGACGGUUAAAUAGUCCGCUGGAAGACCACAAGGAAGUGUUCAUCAACGAAGAACGGUCGUCGAACGGGUGGUUCGGUCCAUUUUCGUCGUUGGUCUCAAAAUUGAGUAAUGCUAUAUUUCAUCGAGAGCCGCUGAUGUCAACGAACGCGUCGUCGAGGCAUCUUUCGUCCUCGUCAUCUUCAUCGCAUUCCUCAUCUUCGCAUCAUCCAACUGAAGAAAAUUGUCGACGCAAAGCAGCAAACACCGUUGAAAGUAGUCGAAAUGAUGAUUCGAUGCUCAAUCCCUGUCGACUUCCAAGCAGUUCUAAUCAAAAUACACAUUAUCGUAAGCACAACAGUAGUAUUGUUGCAAGAAAAGUUCAUCCAGAUAUAUUAACCGACGAUGAUGACGAAGCAGAUGGUGAUGAAGUGGUUGAUGUGACCCCGAAUUCUGCAGAUAAUGCCAUUUUCAAAACACCGCCCUCAUUCAUCAGGCGCAGUCCAUCGUGGCGAAGAUCGCAAAAAAAUGAGGAUGACGACGUCCAAAUAAUUGAUCGGAAUGGUAGCGCUGUUCUUUCGGAGAGUCAUCUUCAUCAAGACAGUUCAUUUGGAGCGCCCGUUGAAGCGAAUAUAAAUUUCGAAAAAGAAAACACACCACUCGAAGUAUCAGCAACAUCGAGUAUCUCAUACGAAAACGAGACAUUGAUUGUUUCAUCGUCACCUUCCCCUCUGCCUGAGCAUAGUGCCAGUCGUACCGUAUCACCCCUUUAUUUACGUCCUGGUUCAACCAAUCGAAUUGAUAAAUGGUCUCGACGAAAUCGUUCACAACCUUGGUCAACUAGGCCUCGGGCAAAAACAAAGCAGUCGUCACAUUCACUAUAUGCUAAUUGGGAAUCGCCAGUUAAUCGAAUCAGAAAACAACUUGGCAUUGGUGCAUUUAGCGGUAGUAACGGCGGUGCAUCUGAAAAUGUGAUCAACAUGGAGGAGAAGGAACGAUUUCGGAGACUGAACAAUCUUCUUGAAGCGGGCGGUGCCAAUUUUGUUCCAUUCAUACAAUCCCCUUAUGUGAGAAGUUCCAUUCGAUCGAAUCUGGUUGGUGAUAGUGUGGAUGUAUUGCAACGUGGGAGAGCUGCAUUGAAUGCUUUAUUGAACUCAACAACAACUAACAGUGAACACAAUGCGAUCGCCAAGGCAAAAAAUCGUUUGAGCAGUUCAAAACAUUCAUCAUCAUCGCCUAUUUCGGAAAGAAGUGAAGAUGAAUCGGAAGAAGUGCAGAUAAUUGAGAACGGAGGUGUUUCACACAAAAAGUCACUGGAAAGGAUAUCUUCUUCAGAGAUCAUUAAAGAUGGUGGUUCUCAGCCAGUUCUCAAUCGAAAUCUCUCUUCACCAGACAGUCUUCUGCCGAGAAAGUCUUCAAGUGGUUCGAGUCGCAGUACUGAUUUCAGCGAUAGACGAACACCAUCAGUGACGGUAAUUUGGGACAAGCAACGUGAUGAAUCAUUCAAAGCAAAAUUAGCAGACAACGAAUCUAAGAAAGAACUUUUCAAGCAACGCGAAUUGUCAUACGAACAGAAUGUACAACACAGGAAUCGUCGCGCGCAAGAAAUCCUUCUCGAGAAGCAACUUUUAAUCGAGUCGAGACGUGAUGCAGAGACAACUUUAGAAGAAGAAUUAGUCAAGAAACUUACUUUAACGGGUCAUGUUUUUCGUAGUCGUGUUCGUAAGAUUGUCACGGAUGAAUUCCCCAAGCUAAGCGAUGAAGCCGAGCAAUUAAUCCGUCGUGUAUGGGAUCCGUCUUUGCCUUUGGAAGAGAAAAUGGUUUGUGAAAUAUCGAGAAGAGAUUUACUGACUCUGAGAGGAUUGGAAUGGCUGAAUGAUGAGAUUAUUAAUUUCUAUAUGAACCUCAUUUGUGUGCGUUCACAGAAUGACUCUUCAUUGCCAAAGGUGUUCGCAUUCACGUCAUUCUUUUAUCCGUCCCUACUGAACAAAGGAUAUCAAGCUGUACGGAGGUGGACGCGCAAAGUGGAUGUAUUCUCGUUUGACAUCCUCUUAAUACCUGUUCAUCUGGUUGCACAUUGGUGUCUGGCGGUGGUUGAUUUCGUGAAUAAACGGAUUGAUUAUUUCGAUUCGAUGGGUGGUGAAAAUCGACAGUGUUUGGCCGCAGUCGCAAAAUAUUUGGGUGAAGAAAUGAAUGACAAGAAGAAGAGUAGAUUCGAUUUAAAUGGUUGGAAACUUGUCACUCGAGAUGAUGUGCCGCAGCAAAUGAAUGGCAGUGACUGUGGUAUGUUUGCGUGUAAAUUUGCUGAAUUCGCAUCGAGACGUGCGCAAAUAUCGUUCUCUCAAGAGCAUAUGCCGUAUUUUCGACGACGAAUGGUUUACGAAAUUUGUCGUCAAAAGUUGUUAUAA